AAACAACCACCAAGCAUACCUACUAAAGAUACACAAUGUCCGGCCUCACACCCACCCAACUCGCAACCUUCCACGAAAAGGGCUACCUAGUCGUAGAAGACUACCUCACCCCCCAAGAAGUGAACUCCCUCCUCACAGAAACCCACCACCUCCUCGACACCUUCGACCUCGACACGCACCCCCUCACCCAGUUCACCACCGGCGAUGACUCCAGCGAUAACAAACCCCACGUCGGCGACGACUACUUCCUAACCUCCGGCGACAAACUCCGCUUCUUCUUCGAACCCGACGCCAUAACCCAAGACGGCAAACUCACCCGCCCCAAGCAAGAAGCAGUCAACAAAAUCGGGCACUCCCUGCACACGCUCUCCCCGCCCUUCAAAGCCGUCAGCUUGAACGCCCGCACGGCAUCAAUCGCGCGCUCACUCCGCUUCCGGGAUCCCCGCCUGCUGCAGAGUAUGGUCAUCUGCAAGCAGCCGCGGAUAGGCGGCGCCGUGCCGCCUCAUCGGGAUUCAGAGUUCUUGUAUACGGAUCCGCCGUCGGCGGUGGGGUUCUGGUUUGCGCUGCAGGAUGCGGGGCCAGGCAAUGCCACGCUUGUUAUGAUGCCGGGUACGCAGGGGGAGGGGAUUCAGAGGAGGUUUGUUCGGGUUUUUAAGGAGGGUACCAAGGAGACGGUUGGGACGGGGUUUGUGGGGAAUGAGGGGGCGGGGGUGCCGAGGGGGGAGGUGGAAGCUAAGGGGGAGGGAAAGGCGGAGGAGGUGUUGAAUGUGAAGGCGGGAUCGUUGGUGUUGAUCCAUGGGAAUGUUUCGCAUAAGAGUGAUCGGAAUGAGAGUGAGAGGAGUCGGUUUGCGUAUACGUUUCAUGUUAUUGAGGGGGCGGAGGGGUGGGACUAUGAUGAGCGGAAUUGGUUGCAGCCUUCUGAGGGGGGGUUUUCGAGGGUAUAUCAGUGAUUUGCUUUUCUUUUUUGUCUCUAUACUUAUCUGUUUAUUUAUCUAUCCAGUUAUUUUAUUUGGGUUCGUC